CCUCAGUGGAGGACGAGCUCCUUGGACCAGCAGACGGCAGGGCGCCGAUGACCGGAUGAGACAAGUGACAUCAUCAGGUUGACCAUUGGACCAUCAGUCUCUGACCCCUCCUGAGGACAUGUGUCGCCUCCCAGCGUCCUCCAUCUUGUUGUUGCUCAGCCUGGCGUCUCCAAGCUGCCCCACCAGCAGCCCGCAGGCUGCUAUGAGGCACCUCCACGGCAGCUUCGCCAUCAGCUUGUACGGCGCACUCAUUGACGGCCGGCCUGACGGCAACCUGGUUGUGUCCCCGGCCGGCGUGGCCGCCUCGCUGGGCCUGCUGCAGCUGGGCGCCAAGGGAGCCACGCUGGCCCAACUGGAGGGCAGCCUGGGCUACAACGUGAACGAUGCGCAGGUUCGAGAGCUGCUGCUGCAGUCGCAGGCCGAGACGAGCAACAACAGCAGUCGGGCGGCGGCGUGGCUGCGGAAGACGUGCGUCUUGCUGGUGCAGAGCGGCGUCAAACUUGUGGACGGCUUCACGCAGAACGCCGCCGCCUGGGCCGACGCCAGCGUGGUACGAGGGAACUUCAGUCAGCCCGGUCGCGGACACGUCGAGGCAUGGCCCCUCCAAUCGGGAAGCAGCAGCGGGGAGAUGUCGGGCUCAGGUGAGGCCCAGCAGGGGGCGGAGGCGGUGGCAUGGUGGGGUCAUGGCCUGCAGAUGGCGCUGGUCAACACGGUGGCCUUCAGGGGCGUGUGGCAGAAGCAGUUCCACUUCAGCAACACUCAGAACCUGCCCUUCAUCCUCUCGGAUGGGACCCCCGUCAAAGUGCCCAUGAUGUACCAGACUACCGAGGUCAGCUUUGGGCAGUUCAGGACCACAUCAGAGCAGAGGUACACCGUCUUGGAGCUGCCCUACCUGGGUCGUUCUCUGAGCCUUCAGGUGGUCCUGCCGUCCGAGAGAAAAACGCCGCUGUCCUCGCUGGAGGCGCAACUGAGCGUUCGCCACAUGGCCUCCUGGGACGUCGGCCUGCGCAGGACCAAGAUGGACGUCUUCCUGCCCAGGUUCAAGGUGCAUAAUAAGUUCAACUUGAGGUCGACACUUCCUGUCAUGGGCAUCAGCGACGUCUUCAGCCCGACAGCCGCGGACUUCUCCGGGAUAUCAGCGGAGGAGAGUCUCUACGUGUCGGACGCCUUCCACGAUGUCACCAUCGAGGUCACAGAGGAGGGGACCAAGGCAGCUGCCGCCACAGCCAUGGUGCUACUCAAACGUUCCCGUGCUCCCGUUUUUAAGGCAGACCGGCCCUUCUUAUUCCUCCUGAGACACAUUCAAACAGGAUCCAUCUUGUUCAUGGGCAGAGUGACGAACCCAGUAGACCAGUCACACACAGAUAUUUAACACACACACACACACACACACACACACACACAGAGUCACUACCAGUAUUUAUUUGUGGGCCA